UUGCUUUUGUAUGUCUCAAAGAUAAAUGGUAACAAUUUCAUAUUUAAGGUGCUGUUGCUUUUUUAAUUAUAGGCACGCUUUAUUAAGUGCAAUAUUUAUAAAUAGAGGAGCAAAACUAUGUUCCACAAAAUGAAUUACAUUGUAGCAAUGAUGAUUGUUUUUAUUGGAUGUUCCUGCAACUUGUAAGGCAGUUAUGGUGAUCCAUAAUCUAGAGCACAAGCCUCAGGCAGCCUAAUUCUAUAUUUCACAUUCCAUUUACAUUGAGCAGAUCCAGCAGGGGGCAGCAUAUUCCCCAAUGUUUACAUGAACUUGAGUGCACUAGCAUACUUUUAAGCAAUGUCUUGGAAGAUGCGAUCAGAUUUGCAAGCUGCUAUUGAGUAAAAUAAAACAAAGCUGAAAUAAUGCAUAUUAUUUAGUGAAUGGUGUUACACACUGUUAAAUGUACUAAACACAUCUAGUGAUGCGUUUCUAAUUUAUACUUUAUUAUAUGUUAAUACUUUUUAGAUUAAUCAAACUAGUCCAUGUAAAACCAUUUUUCUAGUUUUCUUACAUAUUUGAUUAGUGAUCUCAAAGCUUUUCUACUUUUAGUUCUUUUGUUUAUAUGCUGGUGUCAUUUUCUCCCCUCCCCAUAUUCCAGUUUAGUAAUCUCCAUGUCCAUAUUCUGUAGAACAGAAUGCACAGCUGACAUUACAAUGUAAACCCUCUACAUAUCUGAGAUAUGGGCUGGGCUCAUGUACAUUCAAAUGUGGCUACAGCCGGACAUAUAACUUUUGAAGGGAAGAAAUUAGGAUAAUGGGCCUGCGAAACUCAACAAUAGCUUGGAAAUGGCAAGUAAUCUUCCUCUUUUUCUCUUAUAACAACAGCGGAUCUUCUGAAAACCUUCAAUAUUCAGUGUUGGAGGAGGCAGAAAGAGGCACAUUAGUUGCCAAUAUAACAGAUGACUUGAGUCUAUUAACAGCUAUUAUGUCUGAGCGUAGAAUACGGCUAAGGUCAUCGGGAGGUGGUCAGUACUUUGCAGUGGACCCUCAAAGUGGUGCCUUUUUUGUAAAUAGAACCAUAGAUAGAGAAAGUGUGUGUGGAUCCAGUUUACAAUGCUCAUUGACAGUAGAAGUCAUGCUUGAAAAACCUUUAGAGUUGCAUAAAGUAGAAGUUGAGAUUUUAGAUAUAAAUGACAAUUCUCCUAUUUUCUCAAGCACAGAGCAGGUGAUAAAAAUAACAGAGAUAUUUACAUAUUCAGGUGCAAGGUUUCCUUUAGAAGAAGCGCAAGAUCGAGAUUCAGGGGUCAAUGGGGUUAGACAAUAUAGUUUAAGUCCACACAUGUACUUUUCGCUAUCUACGAGAAGUUCAAAUGAUGGUGCUCCAUCUCCAGAGCUUGUCAUAGAAAAAGCCCUAGACAGGGAAGAAGGAGGAGACUAUCACCUCGUUCUCACUGCCUUUGAUGGUGGAGAUCCUCCAAAAUCUGGGACAUCCCAAAUAAUAAUUAUUAUAAUAGAUUUCAAUGACAAUGCCCCUAUGUUUCAACAGACAUUUUACAAAAUAAAUGUAACAGAAAACAUACCUCUGAACACUCCAAUAAUUCAGUUGAACGCCUCUGACUUGGAUGAGGGUGUGAAUGCUGAAAUAGAAUACUUGUUGGAUGGUCGUACUCCAGUCUCUGUCAGACUGUUAUUUUCUCUCGAUCCAGACACAGGCAUUAUUAGGACAAAUGGGGUUUUAGAUUUUGAAAGUUCUAACUUUUACGAAAUAACUGUACGAGCAAAAGACAAAGGAAUACCACAAAUGGAGGGUAGUUGUGUUGUCCAGAUAACAAUCAAAGAUGUCAAUGAUCAUGUGCCAGAGAUUCUGCUAACAUCCCUAUUGGGUGAGAUUCCAGAGGACACUGUUGUUGGAACUACUAUUGGACUUUUUUCUGUACUCGACAUGGAUUCUGGAAAAAAUGGAGACGUACAACUAGUUCUGUCACCUGAUAGACCAUUUCAGAUUAAGUCAUUCAAAGACCACUAUGCUUUAAUUGUAAGUAGCCCCCUUGAUAGAGAAAAUAUUUCUCUAAGUGAAGUAGUAUUGACUGCCAAGGAUAUGGGGUCUCCAUCUCUGUCAUCUCAGGUAACCAUUGCAGUGAAUAUUUCUGAUGUUAAUGAUAACCCACCACUGUUCUUAAAUCAAGAGUUUAAUACAUUUAUUCAGGAGAACAAUGAACCUGGACACCUGCUUUAUACAUUAUCCGCGUUUGAUCGAGAUGAAGGGAACAAUGCCAGAUUUACCUAUUCUAUAGUUGAGCAGCAGCUUGGAAAUUUACCUCUCUCAUCUUUCAUAUCACUCAACCCAGUAAGUGGAAGUAUCUACGCCACAUGUUCUUUUGAUUAUGAGCAGAUAAAUGUUUUAGAAAUCAUUGUUCAAGUGAAAGAUAAUGGAGAUCCGAGACUCUUUACCAAUGCAACUUUAUUUGUUUUUAUUUUGGACAUGAAUGACAACCCUCCAAAACUAUUACACCCAAAGCUUUCUGGAGAGCUGAUCAGCCAGCUAAAUAUAUCAAAAUCUGUGCCAGUGGGUUAUUUGGUCACUAAAGUAUCAGCAGUAGACUCAGAUUCAGGCCAUAAUGCAUUGCUGUCAUAUAGUUUUGUCGGACCUUCCAAUGAUUUUCCCUUCAAUAUAUCCACUCAUUCUGGAGAAAUAAAAACUGUCAGGAAUUUCUUAUCAACUGAUGAAUUCCAGCAGAAGAUUGUGUUGUCUAUCAGUGAUAGGGGCGAUCCGUCAUUAUCCAUUACUGUUACACUACUUGUAGCAUUAGUAAACAAUGCGGAGAACCCAAAAACCUCCUUAUCGCUUCUUUAUUCUGGAAAUAAUACUGACAUUCUAAUGUACCUGGUCAUUUCAUUGGUGGCCAUCACCUUAGCAUUUCUGGUUACUUUGAUGCUGUUGAUGGUAAAAUGUUUUAAAAAGGAUGGGCACAUCUGCCAAUAUCCAUGCUGGUUUUUAAAUCAGUCGAAUCCAGACAACUGCCAUGGGAUACAACAACCAGCACUUCAUUUUAAUAUGGAUGGCACUCUGAAGUACAUGGAGGUGAGAACAGACCCAGACAACCCAGAAAGCCAUUGCUGUAGAACAUAUUUUUCCCAAGGAGCAGAAAACAUCAACCUCACGAUUCUGAAGCCAUUUGCGUUUUCUACAAUCGGAGAGAUGGUCAACAAAGCUAAAACUAUAGAUGUGAAUAACAUGAGAGAUCCUUCUCAGCAGGGGCAACCUAACACAGACUGGCGUUUUACCCAGACACAGAGACCCGGACCCAGUGGAACACAACAACCCACAGAAGAAGCUGGAGUGUGGCCAAACAACCAGUUCGAAACAGAAAGACUACAAGCAAUGAUCCUGGCAUCAGCAAAUGAAGCUGCUGAAGGAAGUUCUGCUAUGGUUGGAGGAACAGGUACAAUGGGACUCAGUGCUCGCUAUGGACCACAGUUCACACUGCAACAUGUCCCGGACUACAGACAAAACAUCUACAUUCCAGGAACAACAUCAACACUCACAAAUGCUGCUGGGAAAAGAGAUGGAAAAUCAGGUGCACCUUCAGGAAACAAGAAGAAAUCUGGUAAAAAGGAGAAGAAAUGAAGUAUAAAUCCUGCUUGUAAACAGAGCAGUAUCCCGUAAGAACAUCCCCAGCCAAAAUCUCCGAGUGAUGUUCAAUGUCUUAACUACAAAGGAAGAGAGCGUUAGUUUGUGUCAGUCAUCAUCAGGGCUAGUAGUAGGGUCCUCUCUGCUAUUAGAACUUAUGAUGAGAAUACUAGUAUGGACACUGGAUAUCUGAGCCCUAUCGAAAUGCGCCAAGAUUUUCUAUUGGCCUUCUUAUAUUUUGCAAAGUCAUUUCUUAACCAAUGAUGUACUUUUUACAUAGCGUCCAGCCUUGCUGGGAGUAUUCUGCAUUCUUGCUAAAAAAAAAAAUUCUUCCAAAUGUAUAUAUGUACUGCUAUAUAGUUAUUUAUAAUUUAUCAGCAUCAGAAAAGUAUUCUUUAAGCUUUGUUAACCUACAUGGCUUUUUUCUUUUUCUUUUUCUUUUUUUUUAAAGCAAAAAUCGAUUUAGAAAAAAAAAAUGAUGAUAUUUGGUUUUAGAGUAUAUUUCCAUUAGUAGACAAUUUUCUUUUGUUAGGUUUUUCCUGUAAAGAAUUUUAUGACACCUGAAAUCAUCAAAAUAUAAAAAGAUAAUAAAACAAAACAAAUGAUUUGUGGCUUAGAAAAUAAAUAAAUAAAUAAAACUAUAGCAUGUCUACAAAAGGACAAACGCCAGUGUCCGGACCAUUCUCGGUAAGAACAGAUCCAUUUUUGAAAUUUCAUAAGAAAUGUUCAGGGAACAUGCUAGAAUCCAGAAGAUUUAGACUUGGUGUAGGAAGUGGGAAGGACUAUGAUUCUCAGCUCUUAAAGAGCAAUUCAUUGGUUUCCAUUGUUGCACCAGGGAAUGCAUGUGUAAUAGAUACUUUCUGUCAGCAUUUCUACAGGAUUGUCUUCCUUCUGCAUGUAUGUACCCAGCAUGGAGUGUAUGCAUUCUUUAUAUAGAAUGAGAAAAAAAAAGUGAGCCCGUUUAAUGAAGGCCGGAUAUUACCGUAUUUUUCGCCCUAUAGGAUGCACCGGCAUAUAAGACGCACCCAAUUUUAAAGGUGCAAAAUCUUUAAAAAAAAGAUUCUGAACCCAACAGUGAUCUUCAACCUGCGGACCUCCAGAUGUUGCAAAACUACAACUUCCAACAUGCCCGGACAGCCGUUGGCUGUCCGGGCAUGCUGGGAGUUGUAGUUUUGCCACAUCUGGAGGUCCGCAGGUUGAAGCCCACUGGUAGGAGGUAGUACUCACGUGCCCCCGCCACUCCGGACCCGUCACCGCUGCCCUGGAUGUCGCUCCAUCGCUGCCUCCGCGUCCCUGUGGUGUCCCCGACGCUCCGGACGUCUUCUUCCCUGGGAUCCACGCUCUCCGUCACCGUCAUCAUGUCGCCAUCAUCACGUCGCUACGUACGCCGCUCCUAUUGGAUGACGGGACGGCGUGCACGACGACGUGAUGACGUCGAAAGAGAGCGCCGGCCAUGCAGGGGAUCCCGGCCCGGAGCAGACACCGAGGAGGCAGGUAAGGUCCCUCCCGGUGUCCUGUAAGCUGUUCGGGACGCCGCGAUUUCACCGCAGCGGUCCAGAGCAGCCCAACUGAGCAGCCGGGUUAGUGUCACUUUCGCUUCAGACGCGGCGGUCACCUUUGAUCGCCGCGUCUGAAGGGUUAAUUCAGGGCAUCACCGCGAUCAGUGAUGUCAUGUAUUAGCCGCGGGUCCCGGCCGUUGAUGGCCGCUGGGACCGACCCGAUAGGUGUGUAUUCGCCGUAUAAGAUGCACCAACUUCCUCCCCCCCCCCCCCAGUUUUGGGGAAGAAAAAGUGUGAAAAAUACGGUAAAUGUCAGAGAUUGACAUCAAGGAUUGCUUUACUUUCCAUCAGUUAUUAAUAAUUAAAUCACAACUUUAAAAAAGAAAGGAAUUACAUUGAAAAAUGAAGUUGCAUUGAAGAAGUCAAAUAUCAGGCCUUCAUAUAGGAAAAAAAAUAAAAAUAAAAUAAAAUUACUAAUAAAAAUGGCCACCACAAAACAGAAAGAGUAAAAGUUCUAGUUAAAAUUUACUUCAUGCCUUGCAAACCUGACACUGACCAUGUGAAAAUUUAAAAUAUAGAUUUUUCCCUUUUUAUUUCACAUUUCUGUGUGAUUUUUUUUUUUGUGUGAUUUCGUUUCGUUGUUUUUCAUGUGAUGUAUGGUAGCUGCUAAGAGCCAGUAGCGCACGCUUAUUGUUUAAUGAUGAUUUUUUUAUUCUAUGUUUCACAUAUAUUACAUAUAUCUUUUCACUAAGCAAAAAAAAAAAAAAAAAAAGGGCAACAAUGAAUCAUGUUUGCAAUGGUUGUGAUGAGAAAAUGUUGAUUUUUAUACUCAUUUCUGGUUAAGUUUCUGUUCUGGAAAUUUUUUGGAGGUGGAUGAGAAUUUCUGAUGCCUUGAGCAGUAAAGCGUUGUAUACUAUGCUUGCUGCUUGACAAUAAUAACAGCACUACUUAUAUAUGAAAGCAUCAUACACUAACCUCUGCAUACUAUGCCAAUGCCGCUCCUGUAUCAGCAGGAUCCAACCACUAAUUCAACCUUUACAUAGGUAUCGACACAAUAACCUUUUUCAGAGCUUGUAACACUAUUGAAUAGGGCAGUCGCACAAGUUGUUUAGUGGUAGGUGAUUUAUUUUUUUUUUUAGUUCUUUACUUUAUAACAAAACCUUCAUUGUAGUAUAGAUGGUAUUGUAAUAUAGUAAUUCCGUGAUCCUUCCAUCCCUGUAUAUAACUUGUGGGCUGCAGUACUUUAAUUCCUCUUGUAUCUUUGUGUGGUUUGUGAUAUAAAUGUACAUUCAAUUGAAUUCAUCCGUCUUUUCAUUGUGUCUAUUUCUGACCUGUACUUUAUGAUUAUAAAUAUGCUUUCACCCUUCUUAUACCAGUAUAGACUAAUGUCAAUGUAUUACACUCAAGUUUUAUACAAUAAUAUUUAUAUUGCUUUUUCUUUCUUUGAAGAAAAAAAAACCUGAAAAUAAAUAAAAUGUUUUCUUCCAAACAA